AUGAAGGCCAUGCCAUCUAUGCAAUCUAUGCGGAGUAUGCCGACGAUGGAUUCAUUUUCUCAUUCCUAUCAACCAGGCCUUGCGGUUGGUGAGGGUAAGAGCAGCAAUACCUUGUAUGAACGAACGGGAUACCAAGAUGAUGAAAGUAUUGUGUCAAGUGAAGGCAGCGAGGAUCCCUAUCCGUGGAUGACCAUGGUGGAUGUGAAAGAAGCGGACGAUCACUUGCACGAUCCAGCGAUGUCGUCGCCGCGUGGAUCCUUGGAGCCAUGGCGUGGAUUCUUCAACAUUGGUACGAUCAUUAUACUGACUCUUGCCAUUCUUAUGCUUUUUGCCGGUUAUCCUAUCCUUCAUUAUUACACGAUGGACAAAAACCAAAACGAACGCAUCUCUGCCUUCCAGAACAUCCACCCAGGUGGUAUUAUAAUCCCAUCAAAUUUCCCUAUUGCACGUGUUAACAACACAAACACAUCUGCCACUUUUGGACGAGACCAACGCAUGCUCAUUGACCCAGAGACACCUGAGGAUGCUUACGCGCUCGGCAGCACGUAUUCCAAAACAGAGGGCAAGCCGUUCAAGCUUGUAUUCUCUGAUGAGUUCAACACCGAUGGCCGCAGCUUCUACCCAGGUGAUGAUCCUUUCUGGGAAGCUGUCGAUUUGCACUACUGGGGUACGAACAACUUGGAAUGGUACGAUCCCGCUGCUAUUUAUACCAAGGAUGGGUCGCUUCGCAUCCGCCUUGAGCAGCAUGAGGAACACAACUUGUAUUUCCGCGGUGGUAUGCUUCAAUCCUGGAACAAGUUCUGCUUCCGCAAUGGCAUUUUGAUUGCUCGUGUGCAACUUCCAGGUUUCCAAGAUGUUUCUGGUUUGUGGCCUGCGUUCUGGAUCAUGGGCAACCUUGGCCGUGCUGGCUACGGUGCUUCCUUGCAAGGUACAUGGCCUUACUCAUAUGACUAUUGUGAUGUUGGUACCGUGAUGAACCAAACAAUUUUCAACUCCACGUAUGAGAACGGCUGGCCGGAGGGCACUGUUGAACUUGGUGGUGCGACGAUGUUCAACCAGCAGCACAACACACGCUCACUAUCGUUCUUACCGGGGCAGAAGCUGUCUCGAUGCACAUGCCUGGAAGAUAAAGAUAUGCACCCUGGCCCAAUUGAUCCGAAGACAGGAGAGUUGGUGGGACGCGCGGCGCCUGAAAUCGAUGUGUUCGAGGCGCAGACAAGCAAAGACCAUGGUGUGGGUGUAUCGCAGUCGUGCCAGAUGGCUCCGUACAACUGGCAAUACAACAUCACUCAUGAAAAUACAACUGAUGCCUACCAUAUCUUCAACUAUAAGAAGGGUAUUAACGAUAUCAACCUGUAUAAUGGUGAAAUCACGCAGCAGUCCCUCAGUGGCAUCCAUCUUGCUGACCAAAACGCCGUUCAAAAGGUAGCCAAUUCGCUUGAUACGGAUGAAGGCAAAGGCUACUUUGCUACGUAUUCGCUUGAGUACCGCGGUGGUGAAGACGGGUAUGUGGCGUGGAGGAGUGGCAGUGAAAAGGCUUGGGAGAUUUACCCUGAGGCACUUCGCCCCGACUCUUUGUCCAAGGUAUCACACCGGCAGUUCCCUAAGGAACCAAUGUAUAUCAUUCUCAACUUGGGUAUUUCCAAGAACUUUGGUAAUAUCGAUUGGGCGAAUCUCAUCGACGGUUUCCCAUUUGAAUUGGCUGUGGACUGGGUGCGUGUAUACCAAGACCCCGAUGAUACAGAGGCGGAUAUUGGUUGUGAUCCAGACGAUAUGCCGACUAAGGACUACAUUAACAAGUACAUUGAAGCAUAUACCAAUCCAAACCUGACGCUCUGGGGCAAUACGGCGGAAGAGGGCGGCUAUGGAAAGCUGUGGCCCAGAAAUCGGCUGUACACAAAGGGCACUGCGGGGUACUUUUGA